AUGCUCUACCUGUAUAUAACACUCUGGUUAUGGUCAUGGACAGUGAUUGUGAGAGCUUUUCCAGCGCACCUGCGAACAAACGACCAAGAAGUCUCUCAAAAAACAUUCGAGUCUCUUGAGGAGCUAGCUCGGAUCGUUGACAUCUCUUAUUGUGUCGGCAACACCGGAAUACAAAAGCCUUUCAAAUGUCUGAGUCGAUGCAGCGACUUCGAGACUUUUGAACUCAUCACUACAUGGAACACUGGGCCCCUUCUGUCCGAUUCUUGCGGAUACAUUGCGUUGUCGCACCCUCCUUACGCGAAACGAGUUAUAGUUGCCUUCCGCGGAACAUAUUCAAUCGCCAAUACCAUUGCCGAUCUCUCCACAAAUCCCGCCGAGUACACUCCUUUCCCUUUCCAGAGCGAUAACGAUUCAGUGUGUACGUCUGUUGAGCUGCAGAAUGAUAAGGAGCCGCUCGUACCACAAUUAUUCCCGCAGCCAAGAAAGAGACUGGUGCUAGAGAAGGAAUGUCUGAAUUGUACAGUUCACGCAGGCUUCAUGACAUCUUGGCGGAAUACCCGUUGCACGAUUGUGCCACAUGUGGAAAAAGCUUUAAGUGAUUAUCCUGAUUACGAGCUGGUCUUAGUGGGGCACUCUCUUGGAGGAGCUGUUGCGGCUCUAGCAGCACUCGAGUUUCAGGCACGUGGUUGGACUCCUCACGUUACAACUUUCGGAGAGCCUCGUAUUGGGAAUCUGGCUCUGAACAAAUUCAUCGACAAGCGUUUCAAGCUGAAUACCACAGAUCCAGAAGAGUCAUUGUAUCGAAGGGUGACACAUAUUGAUGAUCCGGUGCCUCUUCUUCCUCUAGAAGAAUGGGGUUAUCGAAUGCAUGCUGGUGAAAUAUACAUCUCGAAGCCAUCAUUACCGCCAGUUCGGGCUGACCUACAGCAUUGUACGGGUGAUGAGGACCCUGCCUGCAUUGCCGAAGGCGUUUCUACCAAGCAUGAAAUUAGUCAAGCUUAUGACAACGAACAAGGAGACUCGCAAAUCAAAUCUCUGUGGGGAAUCGGUCGACGUUACAAGCUCUGGGAGCUUUUCUUCGCCCAUCGCGACUACUUCUGGAGACUGGGCCUUUGUGUUCCAGGGGGGGAUCCAUGGGACUGGCCCAGGGGCCACUAUAAUGAAACUACCAUGAAUGACGAGUUAUGA